GAUUAGAACAGCUGUUUGGAACAUCAAACAUUGCGCCAUGGUAGUUAGUGCGUUUGUUUGUGAUCAGUAACAAACAUUUGCCAAAGGAAGUCGAGAGUGCUAAUUUUAAGAACAAUAAACAAAAACAUUUGGUGCAUUGGGGCCAGGCAAACAUCGCGAAAGAAACAGAUUUCCAAAGAGUCGUAAUGUGUCAAUUGUAAAUAAAUAACAGAACAAAGACAUGAACUCGUUGCGUAACUUCUUUAGUUCGCGUACACUAAACUACCUCAGGCAAAAUGGACAAAAUGCCCUCAUUAACAUCACACAACCGGUGGACAAUGCAGCCCCCACUAAUCCACCGACUGGUGCUGAAGUGAAGAAAAUCGAUCAAAACAGACCCAAAGAACCGCUGCUAAUACCAAAAACGAUUCUGGAUGCCACCAUCUUUACGGGAAAAAAGCUUCCAGCAUGUUCUUCGGGAUCAAUCUCACCAACAACCCUUAAGCAAUACCGUCGGAUGUCACGCAAAAUCGACAUAGUCUACCGUUGUAAAAUUUGUAAUACCCGCAACAGCAAGAAAGUCUCCGAGGAGGCAUACAAAAGUGGUGUUGUUAUCCUGCAAUGUGAUGGCUGUUCUGUUAACCAUUUGAUCAUCGAUAAUGUGGGAUGGUUUACGAAUACCAAGGGCAAGACAUUUGAUGAGGUGCUGGCCGAAAAUAGCAACAGUGUCAAAGUCAUUAGAGUUAAUGAAAAGGGUGAAUUAAUUUAGUUUGGAAAAA